AUGGCGCCAGGUUCCAAGGCCACGGACAAGGACCCUCCAAGUACCAGCCGCACGCAUUCGGGACUAGAGAGCAUUUUGCCUACUAAUUUCCUCGAUAUGCAAAAAUGCGCUGGCAGUCUUCCCAAAGAGAACAAGCCAAAGUCGUCUCCACGCUCGCGGCCAUCUGCCACCCCACAGUCCAGCGUGUCACGAUCCGUAUCGUCCAUGUCAAGCAGUUUCAUGCAGGAACACUGGGGCCGCUCCUCUUCCUAUGUUUCCAGAUCCGAACACGAUGGAGAAGAUACACACAAUCCACAGUCCAAGGAGGAAGAUGUCCCCCACGUUAUAGCCAACUGGGCCCAUCUAUCUUACAUCAAGGCCCAACGUAAUACGCUUCGCGCCGAACUGAAAGCACAUCAGAUUGCGGGCGCUGAGGCAAAGCGGUCAGUGUCGUCGUUGCGUCGUCUGGCCUUUCGCAUGGCUGUUAGUAUAUCCGUGAAGGAGAAACAGAUUGCGACUACUGCCCGGAACCUCGCCAAGAGCAGAACAAACCACUAUCUCGAAGGUAAGGAUGCACAAAAUAGAGUCGAGCAGUUGCAGCGGGCGCUGCGAAUCGAAGAGGACCGCAACAAGGAGAUUCUAGCAGCAUUGGAAAGGGCCUCCAUGCUGACACUUCAAUAUUCAACCCCAAAGGAAGAGCCACGACAUAAUCAUGGGAACAGUUUCCUUUCCCCGCCUCCAUCUCCACCAACACGUUCAAGUGCUCCUGGUAGCCCGUUCGGCUCUCCCAAGACUCCGACACGAUCGUCCACGGCUCCAUGGCAUGAUGUCGACUUUCCGCUCACUCCUCGCCUCGGAAGUGCAUUCGAGAUUCGCACGUCUGACAGUCGCUUGAUACGGGCCAAGCGUGAAUCAGACCAAGCUCUUGCUGCAUGCCGGAGGCGUAUAGAACAACUCCAAAGCGAGUGUGCAGAGAGCAAGGAAGAUGGAAGGCUUUUGGCAGUGGCCAAAGCCGGAUUAGAACAGGAGAUACGACAUCAACAAUCGCAAAUCGCUACUCUAGAGCGCUCAAGAAGCAGUUUAGCCAAAGAGUUGGAAGCUACCAAGGUGCAGCUGCGCAUGACCGUGGAUUCCGAAGAACUCUUGAAACAGAAACUGCAAGACAAGAUUGAAGAACUUGCAGCGUGGGACCAGAAGAAUGCGGAUAUGAUGCACACGAUUGACCUGCUACAGAAGGAAAAGGCUGAACUUGAUGAGCAUGUUCAGAUGCAGACGAACCAGGUCGAAGAAUUCAAGACUCGCACAUCUACUCUCGAGCAGACGUUACGCUCCACAAGCGAUGAGCUCGAGAACGCCCAGCGCACCGAAUCGUCGCUUCGAGACCGCCUCGCAGAAAAGGAGAAUGAGUGUAAAGAUUUGCAGAAGAGAGUUGACCAAGGGUUGGAAGAUAUUAGCAAUCUUGAGCAGAAAGUCAACACGUACGACGCGGAAGCCGCCGAGCAUGCCCGGAAGAUCGAGAUAGGAGGAAAUGCCAUUGCUCAGUUGCGUGAACAACUGCACAAUGCAGAAGCUACGAGCAAGGACGCUCAGAAUGCUUCAGUGGACUUGAAGAAGGAGUUGGAGCUGUUGCAGGAGAAGUCGCGUAUCGAGACCGAGGCACGUGAUGGCUUGGCGAGUGAACUUGAGGACGUAGAGAGUGGAAAGGCUAGGAUGGAAAAUGAGUUGCGCGCCACCAUGGAACUUCUGGACCAAGAAAAAAAGGCAAAAGAAGAGCUGGAGGAGAAGUUGGGAAGCUUGCGCACAUCUUACAACGACACGGAAGCCAAACUCCAGCAAGCUCUUGAGCGGGUUCAAGCAUUGGAGGCAGCUGAUGGCGUUGCCCAAAAGAAACUUGAGACGCUACGAAACGAGAAAUCCGCACUGGAAGCUAAUCUUGAGAAUGUACGGCAGCUCGGGGCUAAGCUCGGUGAGGAUGUUCGCAUGAAGGACAAUGAACUUGCAAGGAUGCAAUCGACGAGUGUGGAUUUACAGGAAAAACUCAAACAGUCACAAAAGCAGACAUCAUCACUCCAGAGAGAACUGGAGCAUAUGCGCAAUACAAAGCAAGAAAGCGACAAGCAACACGCUGCGGAACUGGAAAAGAGCAGUGAACAUCUCCGGGAACUCGAGGCCUCGAUACUCAAUCUUCGAUCUGUUCUGGAGUCAUCAGAGAAACUAGAAGUAUCUCUUCGUGAAGAGCUUGGCCAUCUACGAGAAUCCAAAAGAAGUAUUGAAGGCGAGCUCGAAGAGGCUCGUCGUGUCAAAGGGGAACUUGAGGAUCAAGUGUGCGAAGCUCAGUCGCAGCUCAAGUCAACGCAGAGCGAUCGUGAUAGCUUGCAAGCUAAGAUCGGAGAAUUGGAGAGCAACUUGAUAGAAGGUCAACAAUCCAGGUCGUUCCUUGAAGAACGAUUGGCCGCAUCGACUACAGAAAUUAGUGCGCUCAAGGAUCGAUUAGCAGACCUGGAGGCUGCGCUAAAGGAGAGUGAUGAUAGGAGGGCUAAGGCUGAAACAGCUUUGUCGGUUGCGCAGUCAGACAGCGAGACGACCGCUGCAAGUCUCUGGAAUCUUCGCAGGCAAGCCCAUGAUAUGGAUAUGGCCAAAGAUCAACUACAAAAAGAACUCGACGAAGUCAUCAACUCUAAGUCAGAUCUAGAAGACCAGUUACGCUCUGUGCGGGACGAUCUAAAGAAAUCUGAAUCAGAGGCGAAUGACAUUCAGGUACAGCUAUCCACGCUACAAAGUCAAAUCACGACCCUGCAACAAUCGAAACUAAAUGCCGAGCAAAGCUUUACUUCUCUCCAAGAAUUUCAUUCGGAGCUUGACGAGAAACUGCAAAGCACACAAUUCCAGCUGCAGGACGCUCAUUACAAAAUCUCACAGCUCGAAACGAGACUGACAUCCAGCGAGGAGGAGCUGGAAGCUCUGUGUCGCGCGAAGGCAGCUAUGGAGAAGCGACUCGAACAAACACAUGCCGAUAAUGCGCGUCUGGAAGAAGAGCUUAGACUUGCUCAGCAAAACAACGAAGCUAUUAAAAGUGAGCUCGAAGAUACCGUGGGUUUGAACAGCAAGCUGGAGGAGAGCCUCACUGCAGCUCGCUUAGAGACGGAUGAGGCAAACAUUCAAAAUGCCAAACUCACGGCACGACUGAGGGAAGCCGAAAGAGAACUAGAAAAACUUCGGCAGCUCAAAGGUGAUGUAGAAGCAAGGCUGAGCAAAGCCUUGGAGAUCUCAGCGAGUACGGAACAAAGCCUUUCUUCGACUCGCUCUCGCCUUGAUGAGCUUGAAUCGCAAAACACUUCUCUCAACACUGAGCUUGCCAAUGCUAGGACAGAGCUAGAUGCCGUGCGACAAUCGAGAGCGGAGUUGGAAACUAAAUUCGAGGUGUCUGAACGUCACAACGAAUCUCUUCAAGAAGAUUUAUCUGGCAUGCAUUCACGGGUAGCUGAGCUCGAAGCUAACUGUGCCAACUUGGCUUCUCAAAUGUUGGAAAGUGAUCAACAGUCAAACAGCCUGCGACUGGAACAUGCUAAGCUUGAGGAGUCUUCGCAAAGUACGUCCCGUCAGGCCAAUGAGUUACAACUUGAACUCCGCGCGGCUCAAAUGCGUCUCGAAAUUGCAGAGUCUGAGAGCUUGGACGCAUUCAACAGGCUUCUCGAAGCCGACAAAGAGCUUGUGUCACUGCGUGGUACGAACAUCAAACUUGAGGCUUCUGAAAGAGAACUCAUCUCACGUCUUGCUUCAGCGGAAGAAGAAUUGGAGAAUGCGCGCCAGACGAAUGCCGACCUGGAGGCCUUCCUUGAAAGUGUUGAGUCAGACAUAGCCAAUGCCUAUUCCGCUGUCGAGGAUACCGAGAAGCGUUAUCUGGAGUUUGUAAAGGACUCUGAAGCUAAGCUUGAGGCUGCGAAGAGUUCCAAGUCACGGUACAGAACUCGACUUUGUGAGAAGGACAGCGAGCUUGAGACUCUUACCAAAGAGAACUCUGAUCUACACCAACAAAUCGAUAGCCAAACCCAGCAAAUGGAUACACUUGAGAAGAGCAAAGAUGAGCUGGAGGAGGAGCUAUCAAGAAAGGAGAAAUACAUUAAAGAACUCGGGUCAUCGGCCGAUGAGCGAAUGAGAUCAAUGAAUGCCGCGUACAACAAUCUCAAGAAGAAGUACGAACAGGAGCAUCAGCAAUUAGGAGACGACCACGAAAACACAGCCCGGCUAGAAGCCGAACUGGCGAGAAAAACAACAGAACUCGACCAACUCCGUCACGACCAAGAAACCCACACCACCUCCUUCACAGCCCUCCAACAGCAACUCGCCUCCCUCGAAACCGACAAACAAACAUUCGAAUCCCUCAUCUCCACCCUCCAAGAAAAGUUAAACCAGCUAGAACUCCUCGAAGAAUGGUCCGCCUCUCCCAUCUCCCCUCACACACCUUCCACCGCCGCCAACCACGCCACCUCUACCGCCCCCUCAACCCCCAAAUCCUCGCACCCAACCCACAUCAGCACCCCAAACACCAGCCCACGCCCGGAUACCCGCGCUAGCACUCUAUCCCACAACCCCGACGACCUAUGGGCCCACCAAGUCGAGCAAGUCCGCCUCCAACGCAGCGAAACAGCCCUGCAACUGCGCGGCCUGAAGACAUCGCAACAUCACCUCAGAAAGACGCUGCGCAGUACAGAUAAAGAGCUAAAUCGGCUGGAGCGCGGGAAGAGCAAGCGAAGUCCGAAUCUACUGAGGAAGAGAAGUAGACCGUUUACCGCGGGUGGAUGGAGCGACGUAGAACGGAACGAUCUAGAGGGCAAGCCGGAGAAGGAGAAGAAGAGGAUGUCACAUGGUUUGGGCCUUUUGACUCGAAAGAGUAUGCAUUUUGGGAGAGGUGCGGCUGAGGAGGAGGGCAAGAGACGGGAAGGGCGCAGAGUACUUAGUGUGGGGGAUGAACUUGGUGCCAAGGCGAAGGAGAAGGAGGGGCGGAGGUGGAGUGUUGGGCUUAGGGGAUUGUUUCAUCGGGAUGCGUAG